CUGUAUGCACUGUCCUGGGAAAUCGGGAUGUGGCAGGACCACCUUGGCCAUACUGAUAUCCUGUCCUGUGCUUCCGGCGAUUUCCUGCGGCGCUGAGGUCCCUUCCGAUGGAAACAAUGAACUGCGCGUCACGCGCCACAGAGGAACAGAAGCCAGUUGUCCGCGGGUAUAGCCGUUAGCAGCACGCGCUACUGAGGUCCAAGCUUAAUUAGGCCAACGGCUGGGCACCGUAAUCUGUUCCUCCGUGUGUUCUCGCUGCUGCUCCACCUGUAAGGGAACUUCAAUUCAGCAUCAGUCUAGCCUAUUAAACCCUACACAGAUUUAACAUUAGAAUACUUUUAUUCUUUAUCGAAAUAUUGCACAAGUAAACGCACUGUAAAUAACUAAAUCCAGUGAUCGAUAAGGUAAUAACAAAGGUUCCAUUGGACUUGUACUAUGGGGAAGUUGCGCGUAUAUAAUCGGUUUUGGCUACUUUUUAUUUGUGGUUGUAAUAUCAUUUCAUAAAUGUAAUGUUUAGAGUUUCAUUUAUGGGUCUGGUUCUGUUUCGGGACAGAUUCGAUGUAACUACAAAACAAGAUUAUUUGAAACAAAUAUACUAAAAUGCGAACCCCAAUAUAUUGAGUAAAAUACAUUUGCUUUGUCAGCUAUAUAUGGCAUUGACGCCCAUACUAGUUGAAACUGUAACUUACUAAUGACAUGCCCUGAUCAUACAGUGAUGUACUUAAUAUACGGAGUUAAACAUUCUAUAUUUAUACUUCCAAGUCCCAACAAAACUGCGACCUCCACUGGGUCUCGGAAAUCCUGACAUGCGCAGAGCUUUGACUGCAGCUUAGCCUACGUAGCGACUGCCAUGUAUCCGAAGAGUCGGGGCCAGCAGAUUUAACAUUGCCAUGGCACGGAUACAGCUAAAUAGUUGUGUUUAUUUCUUUAGUCCGGUGUUUCUCGGCGGCAGAAUGGACAAGGGCCACGGAUAUUGCAGGGGUACACGGUAAACCCUUUACUUUAAAACUCUGGGAAAAAGUGUUCCUCUGGGAGACGUGUAGCCAGUGUUCCGCAACUUUUGUUGUGGCGAAGGCGACGGCAGGAAAACAGGAACUGCAUUGUCGGGAGAAGGAGUUGCAGCCAUGGAAGACUUCGGAUCAGCGCUGGAGAAAAAUGCGGCGGAGCUUACGGUCAUGGACGUGUACGAUAUCGCGGCAGUCGUGGGACAGGAGUUCGAGCGAAUUAUCGAUCAGUAUGGGUGUGAAGCGCUGGCGCGGUUGAUGCCAAAAGUGGUCCGGGUGCUGGAGAUCCUCGAGGUCCUGGUCAGCCGGAAUAACAUCAGCCCGGAGACCGAGGAACUGCGCCUGGAGCUGGACCGGCUCCGCGUGGAACGGAUGGACCGGUUGGAAAAAGAAAAGAAACACCAAAAGGAGCUGGAGCUGGUGGAGGACGUGUGGAGAGGGGAGGCUCAGGAUCUGCUGUCCCAGAUCGCCCAGCUGCAGGCGGAGAAUAAGAGUCUGCUGACCAACCUGUCCGUGCAGGACUGCCCCACCUUAGAGGAGGAGCUUCAGCGGCAGGAAGGUGUGUCGGAGAGGGAGCGGCAGGUGAUGAAGAGGCUGAAGGAGGUGGUGGACAAGCAGCGGGACGAGAUCCGCGCCAGAGACCGCGAGCUGACGCUGCGCAACGAGGACGUCGAAGCGCUCCAGCAGCAGCAGAGCCGGCUGAUGAAGAUUAACCAGGACCUGCGGCACAGGAUGGCAGUGCUGGAGGCGCAGGGCAAGGCGCUGAUCCAGCAGAAGGUGGAGCUGGAGGCCGCCGCCCAGGCGGGGCAGCAGGAGCUGGGGGAGCUUCAGCGGGAGGUGGCCAGGCUCCGGGACCGCCUGCAGGGAGAGCCCCGCCCCAACGGGGAGGAGCCACCGCUGGCCACGCCCCAGGAGGGGCCGUCUGAGGAGGACCCUGCAGAGGACAGAGUUGCCCUUGACCUGAAAGACCCCAACAGGCCUCGCUUCACCCUGCAGGAGCUGCGGGACGUCCUGCAUGAGAGGAACGAGCUCAAAGCCAAAGUGUUCAUGCUGCAGGAGGAAAUGGCCUAUUACAGGAGUGAGGAGCUGGAAGAGGAAAUGGGCCCGCCCCCCUCUUCCCCUGCCCCCAUGCCACGCCCCAACGUCCAGCCCGAGUCCGGGAUCAAACGGCUGUUUAGCUUCUUCUCCAGGGAUAAGAAUCGCAGCUCGCAGAAGAACGUGAGUUUCGCGGAGAGUGUGGGCGUGUGGGCGAGGAACGACGACGUGUACACUGAGCAGGCCCUGGAGGCUUUGCAGCACAGUAACCUUGGAAACUAACAUACGGCAACAACACACAAGCGCACACACAAAUACACACACACACACACACACACACACAUACCCACACACACACACAUACACACACACACACACACACACACAUGCCCACACACACACAAGCGCACACACAAAUACACACACACACACACACACACACGCCCACACACACACACAGAUACACACUCACACACACAUACACACCCCCUUCGACAGACAUCCGUCCAGUCUCCCCUGCACCUUCCAGCACUAACAGCGUUUUUAGCUACAAGGACUUUUUUUACCUGCGUGAGGGACAGGACACUGCCAGGCCACCAGGGGGCGCUGGUGUACACUGGCGUUUUCAGCAAUACCAUUUGACCAGAGUUGAUGAUUGAUUUUUCUAAUUGCCUGGAGCUUGGAGGAAUGCACCAUAUUGAACACAUAGGCAUUGUGGAAUGUUGUAUCCUACGCAGUAUCCCUUAAAAUACUGAUGUAGGAAGGACAGAAAAAAAAGGAAAGAACACCACCUCCCACCUGAUUGGACAGGAUUGCGGCAGUAGGGAGAAUGUCUUUGUGCCUUCAGAAGCCAGCAUUCCGGAACAAAGGGGGCAGCAGUGCAUUGUGGGUAGAUUAAAGGUCAGCUCCCAGGGGAAACGCUGGAAAGUCUGGGCAGAAGCACAGCUCGGGGCUCGUGGCCAAAAAGCCGGUGCAUUUUCCAUUUCUCCACCAGAUGCUCUCCACAGUGCUGCCACAUCAGACAGUCCACGUAGGAGAGAGAGAGAGCGAAGGAAACGACAACGGAAGAGCAGAAAGAAGUGACUGUGUGAAAGCUGGAGAAGUGGUGAGGAAGAGAAGUGAGGAGCGGCGGGGGAGUCGGAGUUUGUCAUGAAGUGUUCCAGGAAGAAACGACGGACUGCAGAGUAUCGAGCUGACGUAGACUCCCUUGGGAAAGCCUUACAGACGUACAGAGCAAGCACAGACAGUAUUUUGUAUAGUUAAACUGAGCACAGUUUGCAUACUGUAUUUACAUGUGUAGUGCAGUGAGCAAUAUGAAAUACCCCAGUAUUCCUGCCACGUUUGUCCAAGUUCAACUUCACCACCCUGUCUGGACUCAAUAACCCCUGCACUGAUGGUGCACCUUCAUCCAGGUGACAGGUGUGUGGUCUUUUCAGCCUGAAGACCCAGUAGAGUCAUGUACCUCCCAGACCUGCUCUGUGAAAGUGACUCAAAGUAAAGGACUACAUGCACUUAACAAUAUAUCAUGAUCUGUUCAAACCCAGAAAGACUCCUUUUCCCAUCAUCCUUCAUCUUCAUUGCCGUUAAAUUUCCUCCAAAAGACUUUACAGGGAUAAGUAAUCUCUUUAUUUCCCUUACUUGACUGAAGUGUCUUUGAGAUGUUUUCAUGUAGAGUGGGCAGAACUGCAGUACUCUCUCAUACAGAUGUGUUCACCGUGGUUGGGAGGCAGGGCUGUGAGCUUCAACUGGAAAACAGCUGUGUCCUUAAAGCAAUAUGCGUCACACGUGUGAAGGAGUCUGCAAAUAAAUAAUCGAUUAUAAAUUAUGUCUGUACUGUUAAAAGAGAUGGGAUGGCAGACCAGCACUGUAAACGAAGUUAUGGGAAGGAAGUUAUUCACAGUGAUUUAAAGUUGUGAAGGAGCAUUGCUUUAAAUCUUAAUCUUAAUGUGUAUAAUUAAAAGGCCUUUUGAGUUCCGGUGAAAGGGAUUCCAGUGUUUAUAGAAAGCCUGCUGUCUUGCUGGCUCUGUAAUAUUAAGGGAACACCUUUCUGUGCUGUUAUUAACCCUGUGUAGGCGUGUUUUAGACGUAUAUGAGAUACACAUCACUACCCAGAAUGCCUGAAAUCCCAGUUAAUGUGUAACUGUGCAGCAGGGAGACAAUGCUGCGGUCUGUGACUGUAGAAGUAUCGGGAGCACGUUAUGAUGUAGCUUUGCCACCUGAUUCUUCCACACCUGGGGACAGGUAUGUUACGGGGUGUUAUUUACAUAACUGACCGCGCGAUGUGCUCCCCCUUCCCCCGCCAUCCUCGAGCACUUCAGCUUCCCGUCAACGUGGACAUUUUUAAUACGGUUUAAAACGAUUGCAGUUUAUUCUGUGAGAUGCGCCUUGGAUGUUUUUAUUCUUCUAAAUAAUGCCCCAGUAUUGCUGCUGGCAAUAACUGCUCAAUAAAAUUACCAUGUUUUGACCUAUA